GUAAGUCCAUGAAUUUUGCGGAAUCGUUCGUCAUAUGCGUGUGUUGUGUCAAAUAAUAAAUAUUAAAAUAUUAUGCCUAGGGGUUAAUAUAUAAUAAAUAUUAUGCCUAGGGGUUUUUGUGGGUACCAACAUUUUCUCAUCUAAUUUUCGAGAAAAUGUUGUGUAACUACUAGUGUAGUGUUUUUACUGUAGAUAAAGAGGAAUUUUGUCUAUGCUAUGUAAUAUACCAUCAUUAUGACUUGCCAUAUUCAAGACUAGCAGUCAAUGAUUUUCCUGGUAUCUCUGUAGGAUUCAGAUUACUCCGUCAGAGCAUGCUCCGUCUUCCUGAGACUGCUGACUGCUAUCCCUCUCCAACGUUCCUGGCAGAAGAUAUGCUCCUAGGGAUUGGUUAAGAGCUGGUGGUGGCUGGCCAGGAUCGUAUUGGAUCUACCCCACAAGUUGCUCUACGUUGGAAGGGUAGCUCAGUUUGCCACAGGCUGUCGUUGAGUCUGUUUCGUGCUUUUGAUCAAACAGCUGUCAGGGUGUCAGGAUUAUUUAAAGCAGUGAUAAUUUUGAAAGUAUUUCAUAUGCUUUUAGUUACUUUACAACAUAAAUACAGUAUGAUUUUAUUACUUUAUUUUAACUAGUUUUAUAAUAUAAACUGUAUAUUCUCCAAAUCCAUUAUUAAGUGACAGAAUUUAAGUGAGAUGUUUCAAGUGUGUAAUGCAUAAUUCUAAUUAUUUGUGUGUAUAUAUAUAUUCUAAAGGGUAUACUAUACAAGCAGAAGAUCAGCCGGAGACCGAUUCUUUCCGACACAAUUUUUCUCAGCGGCAGUCUUACGUCUAAUACCCGAGGCAACUUAUGCUAGCGACAGUUAUUACAUCGUAACUAUCAAGACUCGUCGAAAAUUCGUUUUGAUUAUAUCGAAGUCGCUGGCGGCGUCCAGCGAUCGGGCUUCUAAUCUGAUUCGAGCCGCUUAUACGGAACCAAAUGUCGAUAUCCACUCCGGCGUGGACUUCAACUUCCUUUUUUCCCCGGCUCGUCCCGCCUCCCUCUGGCCCGUAAGGAAAAAAGGAACGCUAUCAGGAAACCCGAUAAAGGGGGGUCCGCGAAUUUUCUGCAAAACCGGAGAGACCUCGGCCGAGAGCUACGCCGUAUCUUAUCGUGAAGCAGACGUCCGCGGCAGAAUCCCGGACUCGGGCAUCCCAUAUAGCACGUGCGAACUAUGAGAAUGGCGGCGUGGAGGAACGCGGCCGGUCGGCGGGACGAUAAAUUACAGAGAGCGAAACGACGGCUGAAUCACCGUUCACUCCGAAGAGACAUUAAAAUGCCGCGUCGCAAAAAUCGGACGAAGUGGGAGGCACCAUGAUGCAUUUUGCGUCACGGUCACGCAAAUCCACCGUCGAUUGGCACGAGUUACGGCGUCGCGAAACGGUUGGCCGCGGACACGUCCGGAAGCCAAUGACGGAUCGGCAUAGCGGAGAAACGGAGCCAUUAACUGACCGGCGAGCAGAAGAAACGACCUCGCGAUCGCCGUGACGGGAAUCCGCCGUCGGAUGUUGAUCAACGAUGACCUAUGAUGAAUCGGACAGCGAUCAACGGAUGUGCCCGGCGUGAAGUUCUCCGACAGUAUGGCCGGCUGAUGACUCACGACAAUAUCUACGGUGACACGAACGACGCCGGCAUUAUCAGAAAGCGGAGUUACGACCGAAUUAAUUUCCACACGAGCGGCUCGAUCGCGACCGCGUGGGCGAAAUUAGGUGCUCUCCAUUAGAGCGGUCCGGCCCGUUUACAUUCACCGACCGGGUAUUUCAAUGAGGCGCUUGAGAAAAGGACAAAUUUGGAAGUGUCCGCUGUUUCCAAUGCGGAGCUUCUCGUGCGAUCGUCGCGUUUCCGCAAGUAGUCGCACGCAACAAGGAGCCGGAAAGCCGCGGUGGUCGGCGGCCGUCAUUGAUCUCCUGUUAGAAUCGGAUCACUUCGAUGUAACAAGAUAAAUAGUCAGCGGGACACCGUCGGUGGUCGAGGGUGCGGAUCGCGGAGUCAUGCUGACUGUGUAUCUGAUCGGAGAACCGAGUACGCGCACGCUCGUCCGACAGAUCCGGGCGUACUUAACGUGUACGCUGCGGAGGUUCCCCGACUGUACAACAAGCUGAUGGGACACUUUUCGACCCGCUGGCGCAUAGUCGGCGGAGGAAAAUCGCCGAUCAUUCGCCCCCGCCCGAGAGCGAGGAGUCAAGUACACCGAUUAAGAUAAAGACCGAGGUCCUGGACGAGAUCGAGAAUUUCUCGGCUAACGAUGAGCUGGAUAUCGGACAGCACGUCAAGAACGAAUCGACGGAAGAAGUAUCGCGCCAUGAAAAUUCCGAACAAACCCCAGUAUCAGACUGUCGGGAAAAUGCAAGCGUUUCACUUUCUCGAAGACAAAUGGACGAGGACACUGACUUAAAGGAAUACAUCGUGGCACUGACAAGAGGAAAGCUUUUAAUGUGCAGCGUCUGCAAGAUCGAAUUUCCGAACAAGGUCGAAUUCAAAGCUCACAUAAUUGGACACAGUCAUGGGAAACUUUUCCAGUGCAAAUUUUGCUGGAAACAAUUCCCAAGAUCGACAACCCUAAGGGAUCACCUGCAUAUGCAUUUCAUUCCGAAGUCUUUCGCGUGCAGACAAUGUGAGCUUCAAUUUCAGAGGAAAUGCGCGCUGAGGAAGCACCAGGCCGAGGUACACCCCGAAAGAAGAACCUUCGACUGUUCCGUUUGCGGGAAAAAAUGUCUCCACCAGCAGUCGCUGCACUGUCAUAAACUGACGCACGGUAACGCGAGGCCGUAUGAGUGCACGACCUGCGGCAAGAGCUUCCUGAGGUCCAGCAGUCUCAAGACCCACAUGGUCGUCCACACCGCGGACUCGCCGUUCGCGUGCGAUCUCUGCCCGGCGAAGUUCAAGAGAUCGUCGGUGCUGAAGACGCACAAGCUGACGCACACGGGCGUGAGAAGAUUCGAGUGCGACAUCUGCAAGCAUCGUUUCCACCUGAAAGGCGCACUGAAGCACCACAUACUGGCGCAUUACGGCAUCAAGCCGUAUAAGUGCGAAGAUUGCGGCAAGAGCUACAGAAGAUCUUGGGGCCUGAAAGUGCACAGAUAUCGUCAUACUGGCAUAAAACGAUUCGAGUGCGACUUCUGCAAGUUGCGCUUCGCCGUGAAGACGAAACUCGCGAAUCACAUUUACACGCACGUCGGCGAGAAGCCUUACAAGUGUGACGUCUGCAGACGUCAGUACGGCGAAAGAUAUCAAUUAAAGUCGCACAGGUGCACGACCUUACCCGACAAUUCGUUGAAACUGAAAACUUCACAAAUCUACCGAGAGUUUGAGUUUGCAAAGAUUUAGCUGUUGCAAUUAUUUCGAAAUGCUCGCAUUUCGAAAAGAUAUUAAGACGUUUUUUGAACUCACACAAAUGGCUCGAAGAUGAAGAUGCGUCGAAAAGAUUUAUAUUUUUCUGCGAAUUGCAUAUGACAGGAUUUUCGAGGCGUAGAUGUUGCUCGCACAAUUAAUUUAAUUAUCGUCGGUCACGAUCGCUUAUAAUAAGACUCGUUCCUUGGUUGGUUCAAGAUACAAUAGCCGCCGCCGCCAUUUCAUUCGUGAUCAAAUCUAUCCUCACGGAUCCCGUCCGUGUUUGCAUGCCCGUGAAGCUUAAUAAGGCAUGGCCUUAAUAAGCACUUCGCCGCAGAACAAAACACCGAUUAAUCCCAGACUGGACCGACUCAAUACGGAUUGGUUUCGAGCUCAGAGCUGCCUGCCGGCUCGCCGGAUAGGUCGGCUUAGGUUCGUCAUCAACGUAUCGUAUAUAAUCACAGUCUUUAUUCGAUAUUGCUCGAACGUGACCGCCGGGAUCAUCGAACGGCGCAGCGGAAUUAAUGCAACUCCCAGGACGUAACAGUCCUCUGUAAGUAAUUAUUUACUUUUUCAACGGGUAUUGCCGCUUUUAAAGCAACGAUUUUAUUUUAAUUGUCGGGAAGUGUAUCCGCGUAAUCGUUUGAGGUUAGGGAUUAUCAUAAUAGAUGUCAAUAAGCUCGUAAAUGUAGAAUGUACACGUAAUUACCUGCGAUACUAAUGUAACGUCUCUUUGACGGCUGUCUCGAGAGUAUCUCGAGCACGUGGGCUCCGCUUAUGUCGCCGCACGUGAGAAUGGUGCUUUAAGGUGCGUGGACACAGCGGGGGCUUGUACGCCAGUAAUCUGAGAUGCUUCGCUUCUUAUCAGAUCGCAUCUGCGAUUCGCGUGCCUUGCGGCUAAACUCUUUGACAGUGCCGACACGUACCCGCCUUUUGACCUCGUUUCUCUAUUUCGGCCCGGCAAAAAGUUAAAAAAAAAAACUUCCUCGCGAUUUACAUUGUGCGUUAAAUAAUAGAGACUUUUUAAGGGAAGUUAACGCGGAAGAGAGAUAAAACAAUGUGCAAGUACGCAUUUCCAAGUAUAUUUUUGCUAAUUGCACAUAGUUUUUAAUAAAAUGUGGGAAGAUGAUAUUUUAGAAAAUUGAAUACACAUUUCACGAUACGAUGUCUCACGUUGAUCCUUGAAAUAAUAUAUCGAGUGAAGAAAUCUUUUUAAAUGAAUCAUUUGGUAUAUGACCGCGUGUUUCGGCCUCUUAUCAUUCAAACUUCCCAUAUUUCCCUGAACUUAGAUAAUUAGUUGUGUGAGUUGUGUGAGGAUAGCGUGUUGCGACGGAAAUGUUGAAUGUAUAUACCGUUACGUAUAUGGACAGAAAUUCUGUCUGAAGUAAUUCGUACAUUCUGUUGUCAUGCUAUGACAAUCAACCAUAGUUUCCCGUGUGCAGGAAUCGGCUCGAAAUAGAUAAUUAUAAUUAUGAUUGCACCUACGCGUUUCAUAACGUGCCAGAUCGCGAUAAACCACGCUGAAUAGCAAGAAAGGAAGAAAAACUUUUCCCGAAUGCGAGGGCUCGUUUAACGAUUAUUUUUUACAAUAGAAACGGCGGCCGCGGAGACUUAUGAAAGAUUCAUAGAUAGAUUAUGCAAUCUUGCUCGAAAGCGUACGCGUAAGUAGACCGUUACAAUUUCGUCUGACUCACUGACAACUUAGAUAAGAGGCGCACAGCUCGUUGUCUUCCUUUCAAUACAUAAUCUAAUUUCAACCUUAUUUAAAAGAGUACAUAUAAUGUGUGUGUGUAUGUGUGAUUUAGAAGAACAACUAAAUAUUUACAUUAUUUAUGAAGCACGGAGCAGUGGGAGUGAAAUAAUUUCCAGACAAAGUGAUUAUUCAAGCAUUGCUUCCUUCACGCUUAAAAUCGGUCUUAGUAUUGUAUAAAAAUUUAGAUGUAACUCUCUCUCUUCUCAGAAGUGCAAACUUCAAAUUUCCAAACUACACAUAUGUUAUCUUUAUAGAAUAUAAAUUGAUCGUAGUUAUGCAAUCCACAUGAAGUAUGUUUCCAAUAAAAUUGAUAAGAAAUAAAAAUUAAUAAUGGAGAUAAACAUUUAAUACAUGAUUUCAGAAAUAUAUAUAACACCAAGUUUCUCUUUGCAAUCGUUCAAGAAGUCAAGCAUGAUCAAUUUUUUUCUCUUUAAGGGUGUUCAUUGACAAGAUUAGUUCUUUAAAAAAUAGGUAAAGAGGACGCAACUAUUAAAAAAUGACAUAACUAGUGAAAAAACGUGUAAAUAAAAACGCGUAAAAGUAAAAAGAAAUGUGAAAAUAAAAAACAAAAACUCAAAAGUCGUAAUUUUGUAAUCUGGAUCAUUCUUGCGUGACUAUGACCAAUUACGAAUGUAAAUUUAUACAUCCUCGAUUCAUCGCAUAUCUGGUCUUUCAGCUAGUCAGACAAAAUUCCUUCCGUUUACGCGCGGUUUGGACACACGGUUUCCUCGCAACAAUUUAAAUACGCGAGUCUCGCGUUCAUAUCUCUCACCUAAUUAUGCCCGCGCUUCACGAGAUCUACGAUCUGACAGUUCGCGUACAUGCGUUGCACAGCGGCACGCAGAGAGUCACGCCAAGUCCUAAUUAUUUAGAUAACGAUCAUAGCGGCUUAAUUAUUCCCUCUCCCCUUCAAUCGUUGCUCCGUUCGCCGGUAUGCUAAUGACACUUAAUGCAGAUAGCAACGCCGAUAUUAUUUGCCGUACCGGUUACUAAUUGCGAGCUCACAAUUACUGUCCAACGGACGAUGGAUUUGGAAACUCGAAGAAAUACGUAACGACGGCAACUAUCGCCCCAGUUAUGCACUCUUGUUACGUAACAAACUCGGUUUUUUCUCUGGUCAGCUGUCUGAUAAAAAGUGUGCGUUAGGAAGCGUUUAUUAAUGUAAAUUUAUUAAUUACAGGCACAAUUAAUAUUGUAAUUAGCGUUAUAGAACGAAGUAACGGAGGAUGAAGUUCAUUUGCUAUUCUGUACGAAUACGUAGUUGUGUGUGUAUUUCUUCAGUUCUACCACUGUAUGCCAGCUCUCGCCGAUUUACAAUAAUAAUUGUAACAGUAGGAAAUGUACUUUGCACACGAAAUAUAUUACAUAAUUGUAGAAAAUAGUAGUAAAUGUACAUUUGCACAUGAAAUAACGUAAUAUCUGUUUGAUUCGUGCUCUUCGCGCGAACAAUCCGCGAAUAAUCCGGAUCAUUUUCAGCUGCAGAGUGGCAGAAAAGAGCGAAAACGGCGGAUGGCUCGGCGGGUCCGUAAAAGAAAAAUGGGACGGAGCAUAUUAAAUAACGACGAUGUCGAUUAGUAUUGACAACGGCGAUUAAAGAGCCCGAAUUGCCAGUCCGUAAUGACUGAGCAGACUGCGCGAGCAGUGAGCACUGUAAUUUCAUUGAUAAUAUUUAAAUACGGGCUUUUGAUAGCUGUCUUCUCUCAGCUGGCAUUAGCGCGGGCCCCGAAGGGCCCCUCCGAUCGCCCCUCCACCCGAAUCACUCCGCCCCUGAGAGCUCCGAAGCAGAGGCGUACUAUUUAUCGACCUGGUCCCAUCAUUAUUUCAUCGAACUCUUUCAUCGCCUCGCCUUGUUAAUCGAUAACCCACGAAGACGAAACUCGGCUGCCGAUUCGAACAACCUCGCCGAUCAUUUGAAUCGAUUAUUUCGCGAGGGCUUUAUGUCGCAAAGGGCAAGCUUCCCGACAGAGAAUAAGCGCUUUCGAUUGCAAUUAUAAUAUAAUUGUUCACUAUCAUAUACAUUCUUUUCUCACGGUAAAUACUGGAGCUCAAAUGCGGAACAGUGUAUCUCUGCUUAAUAGAAUUCGUGUUUUCACGAAAAAAAAUCAUUGCGUGCCCUUUUCAUACACACACACACUUGCGAACAAUCCAUAUUUAAUUUCAAAAAUAGACUCAACAACGCCGCGAUGCUCGGUGCUUCCGGUUUCGAUCAAUCGCGCCGCCGAUUUUACAAGUAAUUCGCGUAGAUACGCCUCGGGAGGAAAUCGUAGGCGUGAGAGAUCGGCGAAAAUGAAAAAUAAUGCAGACGAUGGUUAUUUGCUUAAAUAUACAUGUGAAUUGUUUAGUGAACGACCUCGCCUUCCACGCCUUUAAUUAGCGCGACUCCUGAUCGUAAUCGCAUGCCGCGCGAUUCUAGGGUUAAUGUGCAUUUAAUUCACAAUAAGGAGGGAAGCAACGCGGAUAGCAUGACCGGCGUAUUCUUAGACUUUCGAUGUUAGAUCCGUCGAGCUACGCGAUCUAUAAUUUAAGCACCGACAAAGCGUAAUCGCUCUGUUCCCAAGAAAAUCCUGACAUAUAAUGCGAAGAAUCACAUAAAAUGCUUCCUUACGCGCAUCCGUAAGACUAUGUUCGUAAGAAUGUAACAUUUAGUUGUACGUUAUCGCCUCGACUGCGGAAAUAAUACGAUUUCCCGGCACACACGUCAAUUACGUUGUUCCGAGAUAAAAAUGAAUUUUCAUGACCAUAUCAUGUGCGAAAUUACUGAAGAAACUACGAAAAGAUACUGAAUAUUAAUCCACAUAUGUUAAUAGAACGUAUUUUAAAUACCUAUUCUUACGGAGAUGUCAAAGCGGUUUGCGAAUUCCAAAAAUAACGUCGAGAUAACGUAUAAAAGUGAUCGUCGUUAACGUUAUUCUUUUCAUAUUUCUUGUACAUAUAGAUUUUAUAUAAAUUUUUUUUGCUUUGUUUUACCAUGUUUAGAGAAAAACAUAACCACGCACAUAUACCAAAUAUAGAAAUCUUUUUGCGAACUUCUGCAAUUUUUUGUAAACUUUUCAUAAUUUAUAUUCAGUUGUAAAGGUACAGCAAGGUGCUUCGAAGUUUUCUUGAGCAGAGCAAAUAUACAUAAGUUAUACAACUUUUGCAUCAGACAAAUUUUUACGCUGACAGCUCAAAAUGUUAAUUUUGAAACUUUUAUGAUUUCCAUCAUAUAUUGAGCAACGCUCUAGUUGAUUUUCUUUAGCGCAUACUUUCGUUGUGUAAAAUAUGUGUAAUUCUGUGUAACCAAUACGACAUAAAUUUGGCAAAAAAGAAUCAGUAUUUUGUCGAUAAAGUUCUCAAGUACGGCAUCCCCUUGAAGUUCAAACGAGAGACAAAUCGUCCUACAAUAGUAUACUUUCGGUUGCAUGUUUGGAGAGAAGAAUAAUUGCAAACGGGUGAACGCGGUUUUUAUAUACUGGUGCAAUCCGAUGCAAUCUAAUUGGAUAUGAAAUUAA